CCCCCGCGCUCGCCGUCUCGGGUCGGGUGUGGCCGCGCGCGCCGCGCCUGGCUGGCUGGCUGGCUCGGGCGUCGCUCUCCCUCUCAGGCGGGCCGGCGCCAUUUUGUGUGGUGCAGCCUCGGAGCCAGCCCGCCGCCGCCGCCUGCCUGCCUGCCUGCCUGCCUGCCUGCCUGCCGCCUGCCUGCCGGCCGGCCAGCGAACCCACGAGCGAGCGAGCGACCGAGCGGAGCGCGGCGCCAGGCCCGCCCGUACAGUGACUGUGCCCCGUCCCCGCCGUCGCGCCCGUCCCGCCCCCGGCCCGCGCCCCCCCAUGGCGGUGGAGAGCCCCAGCGUGCCUCCGCCCAGCAGCCCCCACGCCAGCCCCCCGGCCCCCUCUCCGGCCGCCGCCGCCGCCGCCAACUCCCUGCUCCUGCACGGCGCCCUCGGCAGCCCGGGCCUCGGCGGCGCUGGCGCCCGGCCGCUCCAACAACACCACCUCCACGGGCCCGGCCCGGACGAAAGGGAGGAUGGUGAGUUGGAAGAAGGAGAGUUAGAAGAUGAUGGGGGUGAGGAGCCCAAUGGUGCUGCAGAGACACAUGAGAAGAGCAGGAAGGAAAAAAACGAGAAGCACCAUAGUGACUCAGAUGAAGAAAAGACACACCGCAGGAAAAGGAAGCGUCGGAAAGAGAGAGAGAAGGAGAAGCGGAGAUCUAAAAAAAAAAGGAAAUCCAAGCACAAACGCCAUGCCUCUUCGAGUGAAGAUUUCUCAGACUACAGUGAGGAUUCUGACUUCAGCACAAAUGAAAAGGGGCACCGGAAGUACAGAGAGUACAGCCCCCUCUACUCCUCUUCCCAUCAGCAGUACUCAUCCUCUCACAGUGCCCCAAAGAAGGGGUAUUCUAAAAUGGAGAACAAGAACUACCCCAUCUAUGAAGAAUAUGAGAAUGAGGGCUACUGUGACUAUGAGGGGGAGGAGGAGGAAGACAUGGGGAAAGAAGAGUACGAUGACUUUGCAAAGGAGCUGAACCAGUACCGGAGGGCAAAGGAGGGGACGCACAGGGGGAGAGGUGGCCGUGGUCGAGGCCGAGGCUACCGUGGGCGUGGAAGAGGUGGAAUGAGGGGACGAGGCAUGGGUAGGGGCAGCCGAGGCAGGGGAAGAGGAGAGCACCCUGAGGAGGAGGAGGAAGAAAUGUACGAUGACGAGAUAGAGUUCUGUGAAGGGGAGGAGCCCAUGGGUGAGGAAGAGUACGAUGAUUAUUCCAAGGAGUUGAACCAGUAUCGCAGAAGCAAAGAAGGAAGGGGGAGAGGCAUGGGACGUGGCCGAGGCCGUGGCUCUAGGGGGCGAGGAGGCAAGGGUAUGGGCCGGGGACGAGGUCAUCGUGGCCGAUCAGGCAUAGGCAAAGCAGGGGGGAUCAAUGAGGAGGAUGACUACUAUGAUGACGACUUGGGGGAUGGCGGUAGUAGUGGUGGGAAUUACAGGCGGAAUGAUCACGAGAAAUCUCACCAGCAGUCAGAUAAGAAAGGAAAAGUCGUCUGCAAAUACUUUGUGGAAGGAAGAUGCACUUGGGGAGAACAUUGCAACUUUAGCCAUGAUAUUGAGCUACCAAAGAAGAGGGAACUGUGCAAGUUUUAUAUCACUGGUUACUGCGCCAGAGCAGAGAACUGUCCCUACAUGCAUGGGGACUUCCCUUGUAAGCUGUUUCACACCACCGGGAAUUGCAUUAACGGAGAUGACUGCAUGUUCUCACACGAACCCCUCACAGACGAAACCCGGGAACUCCUGGAUAAGAUGUUGGCGGAUGAUGCAGAAGCAGGAGCGGAGGACGAGAAGGAAGUGGAGGAGUUGAAGAAACAGGGCAUCAACCCAUUACCCAAGCCACCUCCUGGGGUGGGAUUGCUGCCCACACCCCCACGGCCCCCAGGGCCCCCAGCUCCAACCUCCCCCAAUGGCCGGCCCAUGCCCGCAGGCCCCCCCGCCCCCCCGCCCCCCGCCCCCCCAGGGCCACCGCAGAUGCCUCUCCCGAUCCACGAGCCUCUUUCGCCUCAGCAGCUGCAGCAGGACUUGUACAAGAAGAUUCCCUCCCUCUUUGAGAUUGUAGUGAGGCCCACAGGACAGCUGGCGGAGAAGCUGGGGGUGAGGCACCCUGGCCCAUCUCCGCCUCGGUUCCCUGGGCCUGGGCACCCAGACCUGCCCCCCGACAUGCCCCCCGACAUGCUUCCGGACCUCUGUCCUGACAUCUGCCCUGAUAUUCCAAUGGGCCCAGGGAUGAACCCUGGCCCUCCGUUGGGCCCUGGACCCCCCAUGAUGCCCUUUGGCCCCGAGGAGAUGCCCCCAGGCCCACCAACCCAGGACUUCUAUGACAACUUCUACCUGCACCCAGAAGGUUUGGAGUUAGAGCCCAGCCUCAUGGUUGGCCCAGAGGGCUACCCGGCUUAUGAGGAGAUCCCUGGAGAAGGCCUCUUCCCUGAUCCCUCCCUCGAGCCAGAUUCUUUUUGUGAUGGAGGCAUCUCAAGACUGCAGAAGCCCUCCACCAGCAUCCCAGACUUCCUGCCUUCCACCCAGAGGGCUCUGUAUCUUCGGAUCCAGCAGAAGCAGCAAGAAGAAGAGAGGGCUCGCCGGCAGGCGGAGGGCUGCAAGCAGGACCGGGACCACGAGGAAGGUGAUCCUGGCAAUUGGUAUUCCAGCGAUGAGGAUGAGGGAGGCAGCAGCAGCGUCAGCUCCAUCCUGAAGACUCUACGGCAGCAGAGUUCCAACAGACCCCAUGAGGACCCCUCUGGAAACACCAUUCCUGCCCUGGGGAGAAGCGACCCUCGCCUUCAGAAGAGCCAGCCCUUGGGAGGUGGCCGGCCAGCCGAUCCUCGCCUUCUGCGUGACCCCAGACUGUCUCGAAACCUGGAGCCUUCUGGGGCUGGAGAUGCAGGGCCCACUGAUCCAAGGUUGGCGCGGCAUGUCCCCACACUGGCCCCCAAAGCAGCAGAAGUACUACAUUCGAGCCCCUCCAUUGGUCAGAAGGCUAUUCCAGUCCCAGAGGAGGAAGAAGGGGAGAGGGCCCUCCGGGACAAGCCAGUCACAAUCCCUCUGGAUACCUUGCCAAACCACUCCCUUAGGGACCCUCGCUGCCAGCUGCAGCAGUUCAGCCACAUCAAGAAAGAUGUGGUCCUGCUCAAGCCCAGUUUUGCGCGCAUGGUGUUGUGGAGCCCUGAGGACCUGAUCCCCCUGCCUGUCCCGAAGCAGGAAUUGGUUCCUGUCCCAGCUGCUCUCCAGACCUUGCCUGCCCUCGACCCACGCCUGAACCGGCCUCAGAACGCCAGCCUUUCUGACCCCAGGCAACGGGCUGGGUCCCAGCCAGAACCGUCUGCCGGUUCCGGCCUUCCGGAUUUUGAGCUGCUGUCCAGGAUAUUAAAGACAGUCAACGCAGCAGGCAGUCCUGGGCAAAGUGACAAGCCAAGUGAUCCCCGUACACGGAAGGCACCAGCAGACCCCCGGCUGCCCAAGGCUUCCGAGCCAGGAUCCUCAGGGACCUCAAAGCACGCAGAGGUCAACUCCCCCCUAGUAGCAGGUGCGGAGGCCACAGCCAGCAUAGCACCUUAUGAUCCCCGGCUGCUGACGGCAGGAGGGUUGAGCAGAGGCCCUGGCCAGAGCAGCGUCCUGAGUGGGAUCAGCCUCUAUGACCCGAGGACUCCAAGCCCCGGCUGCAAGUCUGCAGACUCUGCUGGUGAAGGGAGCCCAGCCACCAAGAGCUCUGAAGGCAGCAAAGGUGGCAGCAGCGGCAGAGGGAAGGAGCCGCUGUUUGUGCGCCGGUCAGCUCUGGAACAGCUGGAAGCAGAGAAACCCAGCCCAGAGCCCGUGACCGACCGCUACAACAGCUACAAUCGGCCACGGCCCAAGGCAGCCGCCUCUGCUCCUGCUUCCUCUGCGCCUGCCGCAGAGACAGCGGUCACUCAGCCCGGUGUCCACAAUCUCCCAGUGCCGCCUGUGUAUGGCAUGGUGAAACAGGUGGCCAAGUCGGGGGCAGGCAGUCCUUUUGCAGGGAACAGCCCUGCCCAGGAGGGGGAACUACAGGACGCUGGCUCUCUGAAGGAUGUUUUUAAAGGCUUUGACCCAACAGCUUCCCCGUUCUGUCAGUAGUAUUAAAGGACUUGUACAUGCAGCCUUGUGUCCAAAAGAAGCAGCAGUGUUCCUCACUUUUAAAAAAUUCCAUUAAUGCUCCUCUUUGCCAUUGACUAUGUACUGCCCUCCUUUGAGCUUUGCCGAGUGUAAUCUCCACACAACCUUGCAGGAGAGUAACGAGUGUCUUGAGCCACCCCAGGCAGUAUUGUGUCGUGCCCCCUCCAGGUUCCGUUGUGGGCUCCCUUGAGGUCUGCUCAGAAUCAUUCAGUGUCUUCAAACCUGGGCUGGCUAGUCCCGCCAGCCCCUCCCUCAUUCUUUGCACAGUGGCCGGGCCAUGUCUGCGUCCCCCCGCUUUCCCUCUUCAGGUAUUUAUGGUCUGUCGAAUGGAGGAGAGGCCAACGAAAGGACGACAGUUUCUUAGUGUGCCGCGUUAAGGGAUGAAGCUGUCAGCCAUGCUGAUCUGUAGAAUAUAUAUAUCUUCAUUUCUAAACUGUAACGAUAUAUGUGUAUCAUAGCCUUUUUUAAAAAAGAAUCUAGCGCAGCGAAAAUUAUUAUGGAGAAGUAACCAUGUUGAAUUAUUUUUGUAAUUGUAUUGAAUUUUGUUUUAAAUACCCCUUCUGCCGUUUCCUUGGGUUGCUGGAUUCAGAUGUGAUUCAGCCAGGCUAGAACAGGCUGCUACUGCCUCUGGUGGGUGGCCUCUUGGAAAAGUGAUGCCUUCUACCAAAACAGAGUUUGUAGUAUUGAAAUUAAAUUAUUAAUAACACUCUUUAUUUUGCUUGUAUGUCUUCUGCGCUCCUCUAAAGAAGCAAACGGACCACCAGUGUUCAGAAAUGAUGGACUUGCCAUUCCCACAAUGAACCAACAGUUUCCACAGCCUUCUAUGGAGGGGCAGUCAUAGCCUUCCAGCAUCCUGGAAAGCCCUGGCUCAGCACUGCACUGCACCCAUUCCCUUAAAAACCAGGAUAAAUAUGUGUCCUUUUGUAACGUCUAAGAGCCGCCCCCUAGAUUUGGUCUUUCCAGAAUUGCCAAACAGCUAGAAGCCAGGCCAGCUUCUGUCCUCCCAGCGCUCCUAACUGAUGGAUUUGGUCUUUGCUGCAAGCAGAUUCUCUUCUCAAAGGGGGAGAAGUAAGUAGCAUUUGGUACUGCAUGUCUUCAGGAGACAGCUCCAUCUCUCCCCACUGCUCCUCUCCUGGCCAGCCUCUUUGGAAGCAAGGCCUUGCUCUUGAGUUAAGAGCAUUGACUUCUUGCCCUGAUCCUGCCUGGCAAGAACCUCCUGUGGGAUGUGAUCCACCUGCGCUUUCAGGUUCUUGAGGCAGGCAGUUUGGAGUGGGUGGGCUGAAAGGAUUGCACCAUGGCUGUUCAAAAAGCGUCUUCUCAGUAAUGGAUUGGGCUAUAUUGGCUCAUCAGAGGUGAGAGGCGAGCACCUGUCCUGCCCAGGAGGGCCAAGCCUAACUGGGGAAGGCCCACCUGCCCCACGGAGCAGGAGCAGCGCAGGCUGCUGCCAGGUUGCUUCAGCAUAGUGGGUUUGAGCUCCGUGAAGCUGGUGGCUGCAAGCACAUGUGGAAAUGAAGGGGUUCCUCUGAUGCGGAUCCUUUGGCGAAAGUAUUUGCAGUUUGACAAACAGCUUUAAGGUGCUUGUGGGGCUUACAGGGAUGAAUUGGGUGACUGGAGCAUGGUUUAUGCCCAAGCUUAGCUCUGUUUAAUCUGGAAGGGGUGAGGGGUCAAAACAUUUUGCAGUGUAUUGUUUUCCUAUCUCUGCCUUGGUAAUUCCUACUGUUUCAGGCACCUCCGUGUUUUGCCCAGGGAAUGUAACACCCACAGUGUAGAACUCACUUGGACAGAAAGUUAUGUCCUUUCGAUACAAAUGUAAGCCAGUUUUCUUGGAAAGCCCAGCCUGUUUCCCACUGUGAAUUUUCAGCAGUUUCCCUGGGAAGGCUCCCCAUGCCAGACACAUUGAAGCCCACAGGAGGAGGAGGUGUGGAGCAGAUUUCCAAGGAGCCUUCCAAAACUCUUGUGCUGGAGUGGGCAGGUUUCUGUGGAGAAGCUGUGGUCCUGGAACUGAUGAAAAGCUUGUGAAGGAGUGUGCUCUUUGUGGAGUAUUCUGUCUUGUGAGCUUGCAUAGGUACAUAGCUGCUCUGUGACAUUUGUACAAUCUGACUUUUGUAAAUCAAGAUCCAUUCAGUAGACCUAAAUCUUUGUUAUGAAUGAAACUUGCCAGAGCUUUAUAAAAAUGCUAUAAAAUGUAAAUAUUAUUUGAAAAGGGAUUUGUAUAUAUUGUACUGGUAUUUUUACAGUGAUUUUUUGGUUGCAUGGCUGUUUGCUUUCUUUUUUUAUUACACGUGUCUUCCAACAAUGUCAAGACUCAAGACUCCUAUCGUUGUACUGCUGGCAUUAAAUGAUGCAGUGAUUUUAAAGGUU